UGAAGGACGACGUAGAACGGUGCCUUUGAUGGCUUCGCUGGUGGCCUACGAGGAUUCGGACUCAGAGGCUGAGACUGAUCCUGCGGGCGGUUUCCAUCCUGCUGGCCAGAUGGAAGACACGUCGGCUGCGCUCAGACCUCUGGGGCAGGAUUUUGGAUUCAGAGUCCUGGAUGCGACAGGCGGGCGGGCGCCGUCCCCGGAGCGCAGCCCUCAUGAUGACCCCGCUGCGUGUCGUCUCCCACUGGCUCGGCUCUGGAGCCAGGACCCGGGGUCCUGCCCCAGCCAGAGACUGCGAUGGCCCAGGCCGGAGCCUGAGGCCGCCCUCCCCGCCAGCCCGCUGGCUCGCCCCUCCCUGUGGACCCGCCAGGCCCCCGCGGGCCAUGUGCCCCUGGCAGCGGCCCGCUCGAAGCAGGUGAGAGUCUUCUGGGAACCUUCCGGCUCCCCCGAGCUGUCUCUCGAUGCCCGAAUGGGGUCUGAAGGCCCAGGGAAAGGCAGCAGCUCCCUGCAGAGGAAGCGGCGUGAGGACUGUGUCAUACCUUACACCCCGAAGAGACUAAGGCCGCUGCAGGCACUAAGCACAGAAACAGACAGCGGUAAGGACACGGAGGCCCAGGGUCCCCACGCUGGCCAUGUCCCGGCCCCACUCUGUGUGGCCCCCGAAGCAUCCGAGUUUAUCCAGCCGUAUCUCGACAGUCAGUACAAGGAAACCAAGAUUCCCAAGAAGGUGCUCUUCCACCUGCGGGGCCACCAGGGCCCCGUCAACAGCGUCCAGUGGUGCCCAGUGUCUGCCAGGAGCCACAUGCUUCUGUCGACGUCUAUGGAUAAAACCUUCAAGGUGUGGAACGCCGUGGACUCAGGGAGCUGUUUGCAGACCUACUCCCUGCACAGUGAGGCAGUGCGGGCCGCCCGGUGGUCCCCCUGUGGCCGGCGCAUUCUCAGCGGCGGUUUUGACUUCGCCCUGCACCUCACAGACCUCGAAACAGGAACCCAGCUAUUCAGUGGCCAAAGUGACUUUAGGAUCACUACCUUGAAGUUCCAUCCGAGAGACCACAGUGUUUUUGUAUGUGGCGGCUUCAGCUCUGAAAUGAAAGCUUGGGACAUAAGGACCAGCAAGGUGGUGAGAAGCUACAAGGCCACCAUCCAGCAGACUCUGGACAUCCUCUUCCUCCGGGAAGGCUCCGAGUUUCUGAGCAGCACAGAUGCUUCAAGCCGGGACUCUGCCGACCGCACCAUCAUUGCCUGGGAUUUCCAGAGCUCCGCCAAGAUCUCCAACCAGAUCUUCCAUGAGAGGUACACCUGCCCCAGCCUCACGUUGCACCCGCGGGAGCCCGUGUUCCUGGCGCAGACCAACGGCAACUACCUGGCCCUGUUCUCCGCCGUGUGGCCCUACCGGAUGAGCAGAAGGCGGCGCUACGAAGGGCACAAGGUGGAAGGCUACUCAGUGGGCUGCGAGUGCUCCCCGGACGGUGACCUGCUGCUGACGGGCAGCGCCGACGGCCGGGUCCUGGUGUACAGCUUCCGCACCGCCAGCCGCGCCCGCACGCUGCACGGGCACACGCAGGCCUGCGUGGGUGCCACCUUCCACCCCGUGCUGCCCUCCAUGCUCGCCACCUGCUCCUGGGAGGGUGACGUCAAGAUCUGGCUCUGAGCCUCACGGCGUGGAAGCCUCCCGAUGAGGAGGGCCUGAGGUUGGCUUCGGGCCAGGCUCGGAUGGAUGCCACCUCCCCAUCCUCCGAGCCUCUGUGUUCUCAUCUGUAAAAUGGGGACGAAAACCUUGUGUCUCAGGGUUCCGAGGACUACGUGUUAGCAA